AUGGCGUUGAGCAGGAUGGAGGUACCGGCCCUGCGCGCGUGUCUGAGGUGUCGCACGCUCAUCAUUCACCACGAGGGCUGCAAGUACGUCACAUGCCAGUGCGGCGCCACCUUCUGCUUCGCUUGCUUGCAGCCGUGGGAUGAGUGCAACACUGACCAUAGCGGGCCCUGCGCUGCGCCAGUUGCACCCCGCCAGGGUUAA